AUGGCCAGUUUGCUCCUCAAGCUCGCAGAGGGCCUCACCCCUCCUCAGAACACCCUUGUGGACGAUUACGAUGGCAUCGAGUGGAGGUGGAAGAUGUUUGUUUUCCGUCCCGCACUGUUCAAACUCCAGGCCUACUUGCUCGUAGCCGUUCUCGGUUAUGUUGCUAUUGCUCUCUUUGGGAAGUAUAUUAAUACCAAGAGGGUGCACAAAUGGUACAAUAUACAUUUGCCAAUCUUUGAGCAACAGUUUUCGAAACCAACAACGGCCACAGGACUCAUCUCCGACGGUUACACCGACUUUUUCAACUUCUCCACCGGUCGCGUGGGCAUAGCAUCUUUGCACACCAUCUUCACCCUGCGGCCUCGCCAGGACUUUUUACAGAUGCUGUACCAGUUUGGUUGGCAAAUGUAUGACCUUAGAUACAACCCCUACGAUGAACUCAUCUUGGACUUCAAAUUGUCACCGGAUUCUGGCCUGCCGGACUUUGUAUGGGCCGUCGUAGCUAAGGAUGAGCUUUACUGCAUCAAGAAUACAAGAUGGGACUUGACUUUUACGAAAACAACCGACAAUCCUGCCUUGCCUUCUUCCUUGUCGGUCAUGUCUGAAUUCGCCGAUAUCACAGAUAGUCUGGUCAAAGCCGCAGACAAGUCUGCUCUUUUCAAACUCUUGAGUGAUCCUUCCACCUUGAAACACUUCCGCUCAUUAUCCAUCACUGAUCAACCUCGCGAGCGUCCUGCCCUUCCCCUCGCACCUGCUGAGCGCGAGAAACGUGUUAUACUCAGCCUGAAGGUCCCCGCCACCUCCGAUACAGCCGACACCAUCCCCAUCGUUAAUGCCAUAUUUGCUUUCGUUGAUGCUCUUUCCCGAGUCAACCUUCGACCUGAGACUAAGAAUAAACUUCGCAAGGUUAGGGAAGACGUUGAUAAGGAGAUUGUUGCAGAAGCUGUCAAGGAGAAGAAAGAGGAGGCUGUUGAGGAAAAGAAGGCCGCAAAACGGAAGGCUGAGCAGGACCGCAUUUCUCGACUGAGCGCCGCUGAACAGAAAAAGAUUCUGGAACGCGACCGCAAACGUGCGCUAAAGAAGUCACAGGGUAAGGUCGUGCGGAAGUGA